AUGUCUGAAGGGGAAUGGAGCUCCUUCAGUGGAAUGUAUUCUACUGAUCAGGAUGCUAAAUUAAUGUCACAGUUGCUUGUUAGCUGUUCGCUUUCAAAUGAGCUACCAAUUAGUUCUUUAUUGACUAGUUAUGAAUCAACUAUGAGCUCUCACAAUAGUAUCAACUUUUUUUCACAAGGAAGUAGUUAUAAUGGUUGUAAUAGUUUUCCAUUUUCCCCUCUGCCGAGUAAUGAAAGCAGCUACUACCCGAGUCAUUUUCGAUCAAACGUGAUGAUAAGAAAUGAUAGUUCAAUAACAAUGGAUCGAUAUGGCAUAUUGGUGGGAGGUGAGAACAUAAUUAGUUUACCCUCUGAUCAGGUGCUUACUAAUUACAAUGCAAUGAUUGAAGUGGAUGAUUUCCUUAUUAACCAAGAUGUGAGCAAUAUUGAUAGCAUGGAGUCUGGUGAAAACACUAUAGAAGGAGAUGUUGAAGACAAGGUGGAUAGUCCACCAGACAGCUUUAGGAAAAGAUCCCGGCGGCUGGUUGGGGAUGUGAUCCCAAAUAACAAGAGAAGCGUAAAGCUGAAGAAGACUAGCUGUGAGAAGGAUGAGGAAAACAAGACAGUGAUUCAUAGGCAGAACUCUGUGAUCAGUUGCUGCUCAGAAGAUGAAUCUGUUAAUGUGUCUCACGAGUUAACCCGAAAAACCAGAGCCACCAGGGGUUCAGCAACUGACCCCCAGAUCUUGUAUGCCAGGAAACGAAGAGAGAGGAUUAAUGAGAGGCUGAGAAUCUUGCAGAAUCUCGUCCCUAAUGGAACAAAGGUUGAUAUUAGCACCAUGCUUGAAGAGGCUGUCCAAUAUGUCAAAUUUUUGCAACUCCAGAUCAAGCUCUUGAGCUCUGAUGAUCUAUGGAUGUAUGCUCCCAUUGCAUACAACGGAAUGGACAUUGGACUCAAUCUGAAGAUGGCCACUCCAGAAUCAUAA